CGCGGUGCAACCGAACCGCAGCGGAAGUUUUUUUCAGGGUUAUUUCCGUGUGUUACUCUUGAAAGCGAGAUGCACUGCAAGCCGGAGAUGACUGGCGCACGGAUGUGCAGGGUUUGACAAACCCAGGUUUUGACGCCAUUGUUUGACACAUUUGAUAUCAUUUGAAUGGAAUUGAAGCAGCCUGCUGAAUUUGCGACGUGAUGUUGGCAACAUCCUUGCGUCGUGUUCUAUCGUUUUCCUGUUGUGGCCGCAUAAAGGAUUGCAGUACAACAAGGCUGGCCAGAGCGUUUUACUUCAGUACAGAUAGUACACUGGCAAGUAGUACAGAUAGUACAGGUUCUUACAACAGGCAACAGCUUCAUCGUAUUUUAGAUUUUGCUCGUAAUGACAAGGAGAUUUCCAGCCAGGAUGCUGAACUUCUGUUUCAGGCGACUGGAUCAGAUUUGUUGGCCCUUGCUUUGACAGCUGAUGAGAUGAGAUCUCGAUCCGCUGGUCCAGAAGUAACCUAUGUUGUGAACAGAAACAUCAACUUCACAAAUGUUUGUGUGAAGCGUUGUGGGUUCUGUGCCUUCAGCAGAACAGGCGUUGAUCAUGAAGGUUAUUUCCUUCCUCUUGAUGAGAUUUUGCGGCGAGCAGAUGAGGCAAGGAGCCUUGGAGCUACUGAGGUCUGUAUACAGGCAGGAUUGCCUCCAAACAUGCCAGGCUCGCUCUACGAAUCCAUUGCAAGAUCUAUCAAAGAACGGCAUCCUGACAUGCAUAUUCAUGCUUUUUCACCGGAAGAGGUGAUGUGGGGAGCAAAAUGUUCCGGUACCACCGUGCUUGAUUUCUUGCUGAGAUUGAAAGAUGCUGGUGUGGAUAGCCUGCCAGGAACAAGUGCUGAGAUUCUUGAUAAUGAUUUGCGAAAAGCAGUGGCCAAGGGGCGUUUGUCAGUUGAGGAGUGGACACACGUAGUGUCCACUGCUCACAGCCUUGGCUUUCCAACGACCGCCACAAUGAUGUUUGGAUUUUGCGAGUCACCUCACCAUUUGGCCAAGCAUUUGGUGUUGCUCCGAGACAUUCAAAAAAAGGCUCAGGAGUCACAGCAGAUUGGAUUCACUGAAUUUGUGCCGCUUGGAUUCGUUGCAGCAGAAGCUCCGAUGUGGAAGAAGGCUGGAUCACUUCCAGUGCGUUCGGGUCCAACGGGUGCAGAAGUCUUGAGAGCUCAUGCAGUGGCUAGGUUGGUUUUGAAUCCAAAGCUACCUGGAGGUAUCCGAAAUGUCCAGGUGAGUUGGGUGAAGGAAGGCUUCAAAACCGCUCAACUCAUGCUGCUGGCGGGGGCCAACGACUUGGGUGGUACCCUGAUGAACGAGAGCAUUUCAACUGCUGCAGGAGCUCAGCAUGGUCAGUUGGCGAAACCUGCGGAUCUGCGGCGACUCGUUUGGGACUUGGAGCGGCCAGUGGCCCAGAGGACAACUUCCUACGGCAUUCUUCAUCGAUUUGACAGUCCAGUUUCGGCCUCCUGGGAUGCCAUCUUGGAAGCUGAGAAGAAGGCGAGUGCAAUGACCUCAAUUGGCACGACGGAGGCACUGGAUUCACUGGAUACAGUAUCUCCACGUCAAUUUGGCUCAUUUCAUCAGUUGAUUGCCUCAUCUGAGUAUCGUUUUUUGGAGGCGACAAAGCCUUUGCGCAAAGCAACUCGAGAGCCUUCGCCAGCUUCGGCGUCCCCUGGUCACCCUGGCCACCCUGGCCACCCUGGUUCUCGGAAUUUCAGCUCAUGGGCGGGCCCAAAGCCGGGAGGUGGUGAACAAGACGUCGUUAGAGCGCGAGAGCCAGCUAGAUGUCAAACCAUUACGUAUUCUCCUUCAUAUACGCUGGUGCCCACGUAUGAAUGCUUCAACGUUUGCAGCUACUGCAAUUUUCGUAAGAAUCUGACCAAGCAGGGUGAUUGGAUGUCAGAUGAACGUGCCAAGCAGAAACUGACCGCUCUUUGGGGUCAAGGAGUGGAUGAAAUCCUGGUCAUGGCUGGAGAAGUUCACCCCCUGGCAUCCAACCGCCAGGCUUGGAUCCAACGAGCCGUGUCAAUCUGCUCAGCAGCUUUGGACCAUGGAUUUCUCCCGCAUACCAACGUGGGUCCAUUGAGUCGCCAGGAAAUGCAGCAACUCUUUGCUGUGAACGCAUCCAUGGGUCUGAUGCUGGAGACCACAAAGGCUCUAAAUGGACCGGGAGCUGUGCACCAGUUUGCUCCCAGUAAGAAGCCGUCUCUUCGAAUCGCUCAACUUAGGCAAGCAGGAGAGCUUGGAGUGCCAUUCACCACGGGUUUGUUGAUCGGAAUUGGUGAAACUCACUCCGACCGGCUGCACGCUUUGGAGACCAUUGCUGGCUUGGCACAGGAGUUCAAACAUAUCCAGGAGGUGAUUCUGCAGCCUCAUUCACUGGGAAGCAACCAAAAGUUGAAGCCAGGAGUCCAAAACACUCAGUCCUCAGGUUCCGAGCGCAUUCUGUUUGGAAGUGCUUCGAUUGCAGAAUUGCCCCAACUAGUGAAAGCUGCAAGGUCGAUCUUACCACCUGAGGUUCAGAUUCAAGUGCCUCCCAAUUUGAUUCUCGAUAAUUUUGAUUUCUUUGACAGGGGCUGGCAGACUUUGUUGCAAUGUCUGGACAACGGAGCUGGAGAUCUAGGUGGAAUCUCACCUAGAGAUGAAGUGAAUCCAGACUUCAGCUUUCCCAUCAUCCCACAAUUGCGAGCAGCGCUUGCCAAGGAGGGCUAUCGCCUUGAAGCGCGUCUUCCGGUUUAUCCACAGCACCUCUCCUGGCUUUCCCCGAGAGUGCAAGACAUUGUGUAUCAACGCAGCAAGAAGCUUCCUGACAAAAUAUCAGAGUCCGAACGAUCUUGUGACGUCAGACUUCACACGUCGGACCGCUGAGAUGCCUCACUGCAGCUGCGAUCAGAAGAUAUCAGAAGUUCGGGCUCGACAGGCCAUUUCAACGGUGCACAAUUGGAAGCAACUGUCGGCUGACGCAGAUGGCAUGGGAUGAUUGGGAUGAGCGAUUGUCAGGUGAGCCCGGCUUUGAUAAAGGAUGACAUAGGAUGACGAUGAUCCGGAUGACUUGAUAGCAAUGAUGCCAUCGACUCUUGUCGCAGCACGCCUGAUGCAAAA